UUCUUCUUGUGCUCUGAGUUUUCGAGUUGUAGACACCGAUUCAACUCGGAGUCAACUCGAUGACUAAUCUGAACGCGGGCUUCGUACAUCCAGGUGGCAAAACCGUGUUCAUCGACACCAGCCUCGGCACUCACCUCGUCACUCUCCUCGACGACAGCGAUACCGUCUCUCAUUUUAAAAAGAAAUUGCUCGAGGCUCACCGGCUUUGUUUUCCAGAUGUCGGAGACAUUGAAAUCUCUGCUUUGAAGGUGAAACGCAGAGGCCACCUUUAUCACCUCUCAGAUACCAUGUUCGUGGUCAAGGCUUUCGAGGGCAUCAGUAAAAGCUGGUUUCUUUUUCUCGAUGCCCGGAAAGUUGAGAAGGAGGGUGAGAAUCUGCAGCUCCAAUGUAUUGAUUAUGGCAAGCAAGUUAAGUACUUGAGUAAUGUGGUCGAACCUUUUCUGCUUGGUCCGUCUGGAAAGCUGUGUGAACAGGAGAGUGAUCAUCAGCUUGUAAAAUCCAAACCAUCCGUUUGCCUAUCUGGUGCUGACAAAGAACACGCGACUGAUUUUGAUAUGGAAGCUGAACACGGUCAUGACAAUCAUCCAGAUGUUCAUUACCCUGAGACACAUUCUGUCAUGAAUAUUGAAGCUGAGCAUCAGAAAAAAUCAGCUGCUGCUGACCACAAUAAUUUAGAUCCUAAGUUUCUCGAGAAAGAGAAAGAUGACGCAACAGGUUCAGAAUUUCUAAGUGGAAGUACCCGGAAUGAGGUUAUGGAUGUACAACAAAAUCCAAGUCUUGAGGAAGCUUCGGGAUCUGAAUUAGCUAUGACUACAAAGAGAACACGUAUAUCUAAAAGGGAAACUAAGAUUUCAGAAUACCAUGUUCUGGAAACCGAUGGACCAUCUGGUGUGUCUGCUCUGACAUCAGCUACCAAUGCCCAUGAAAAGACUGAGAGCAUUGCAGAAAAAGUAUCUGCCAAUGUGGAGGGCAAUGGAAAUGUUGAGUCUGAGCAUCUUGAUGGUGCAGCUCCUGUUGCGAUUGAGCAUUCUAUGGUUGUAAGAGAGAAUCCUGACUUCCAGGUCAACUCAAUUGAUGCUGGAGCAGAUGUCAGUCAGCAUAAACAUAAUGAAAAUGCUGUGGAGAAUGCUGUCUCUGUCAAAGAAGCUUCAAUUCCGGAAACUCCAGCUAGGAAAAGGAGAAAAGUAGGAAAGAAACAUGGGAAGGAGGAUUCUGUUGUUGCCGCCAAGCCUGAUGUUAUUAGCCCGCAGCGCUCAAUGCCGGACGGACCGAAAGCUUCAAAUCUUGAUGCAGCUGAAAUAGCUAAUGAUCAUUUGGAGGCUAUCAGUGGCUUGACCGCCAGUCCAACUGCAGAUAAGAAGAAAAAAAGAAAGAGAUCCUCAAAAUUUUCCAAUAUAUCUGCUGCUGCUGCUGCUCCCUCGAGAGAUCUUUUGGAGGGGAAUAAUGGGGUGUCUGGAAAAGCAGAUCUUGCUAUUGUUGGUUCUGAUUCUUGUGCAAUCUCACCAAGAGAAAAGCUAGAUGAACCUCUUACAGCAGCAAUAGAAAAGGAAACUGAAAUGGUUGAGAAAAAUGUCGAAGAUGCAAUCGGAAGCAGAGUGGCUGUACUAAGUGCUGAUGCCAGUCCAACUGCAGAUAAGAAGAAAAAACGAAAGAGAUCAUCAAAAUUUUCCGAUGUAUCUGCUGCUGCUUCUACAAUUCCCUCAAGAGAUCUUUUGGAGGGGAAUAAUGGGGUGUCUGGAAAAGCAGAUCUUGCUAUUGUUGGUUCUGAAUCUUGUGCAAUCUCACCUAGAGAAAAGCUAGAUGAACCUCUUACAGCAACAAUAGAAAAGGAAACUGAAAUGGUUGAGAAAAAUGUCGAAGAUGCAGUCGGAAGCAGAUUGACUAUACUAAGUGCUGCUGCGGAUAAUCUUCAAACUGCUGAUUUCAGAAGCACCCCUCUUCUCUCGGUUCAGGAAUCCAGAAAGCUUGACCUGAUCGGGAAUUACAGUGAUCAGAUUCAGAACAUUGGCCAUGAGGGAAAAAAUGCAACUCCGAUGCUUGAAAAUGCUAACCCUGGAACGUUGACUGCAAAGAAUGACAGUGAAGCGACAGCUAAUAAGGGAAAUGUCGAGCUAAAUGCUGAUGAGGUUAAGGAUGCAAAGUCUUCACAGCGCAAGAGAAAGUUGAAAAAGGCCAAGACCCCAGUCGAAGAGCAUGUUGAAGGUUCUGGAAUUGGUAUUUCUUCAGCUGAACCUGUUAAAGUUGUAGAUGGUGGUGAGGGAACUGAUAGUGUUAUUAGAAAUGUUCUACAAUCUUUGCAGCAAAGCAAGGAAAACGAGGAGAACUUGGAAAAAGUGGAAAAGAAAUCAAGGAAGAAAACUAAAAAGAAACAGCCUUUGGAUGUGGUUGAUAGUCAAGGACCGUUGGUACAGGAAAAUAAAGCUGUUGAGAACGAGGCAGCUCCCAUGGUGUCCACCAACUAUUUGAAGGAAAUGGUUGAAUUAUCUAUACCGGGAAAAACUAGUGCCACAAGACAGUCAAGUCGAACCAUUUUGGGGUUUGAGAAUGAUAACGGUAUUGAAAAUGGUGAUCCUUUGCUUUCCAAGAAGAAUACAGAGGUAUUUGAUUCGGCCCGAGAUACUGCGUCGCAUGAGCUCGAUGGCAAUGGAAAGGGUAACCUUUCUAAUCAAGCUGAACUUGGCCGUGAAAAGGAGAAUGCAUUUACGGGAGACAAUUUCGAUAUUACCCGAACUGAUCAUGGUAUAGUUUCCAGUGAUAAGAAGCUCGAUCGAGUUGCCAAUGGAACUGGAGCAGCUGAACCUGCAGCUAAACCUAAUAAUGAGAAGAAGAAGAAGACGAAGAAGAAGAAGGAAACGUCGGUUAAGCAUCCUGAGGGUUCCAUUGAUGAAUCACAAAGCUCAAUGAAGCCAAAUAAUAAACGUUCUACCAGUAAAAGAGCUCAACCAGCUAGCUCAAGCAAUAGUCAAAUCUCGUCAAAGGUUAAGAAUGGUAGUGUUGUAUCACUACAAAACAAGGAUCGCCAAAAUUUGGGAAUUGGAGCCAUUGAUGAUGUGUCUCAUAAGCGUGAGAAAAAAGACUCAAAAGCUUUAAUCCCGGAUGCUGUUAACAACUCUGUGAAGGGCACAGCCAACAAGAAGGAAGUUGUGAAGAGUUUCAGCGGGCAGGGGAAUAAGAGUAACCCGAAAGUUCGAAAGAAGAAUACUUUCCGUAUAUCAGGUGGAAUUUUCGAUAACUUGAAUUCUGAAGAAGAUGAACCGAAGCUUUCAGGCUCCUCCACAAGAACACCAUUGGAUGCGUCAUCAGACUACACAGAGGAGGAGAGUGAUGCAACUUUCAUGUCUCAAAAGACUGGAAAUCGUGUCUUUGGUGGGGAAGGCAAUGGAGAAACAGACAUGUCAUCUGGUCGGAAAGACAUGAUGAGCUUGGAGAAGAUCUUGAGAAGCUCAAGCAGGUUCAAGAAGGCUAAACUAACAGCUUCUCAGUCACAACCUGAUGGUGACGAUGAUGAUGAUGAUGAUGAGGCUCUUCCUUUUGACUGUGUUCCUGAUAGCCAAGCCCAAGUAAAUUAAGUCAUCUCUUCCCAUUUCUCGGCUCUUCUUUCACCUUCACCUCUCUGAAAGCUUUCAUUUUCGAGGACAAGGCCACAACUUUUGCUAAUCCCUGUCUGAACCGAGAACAGGGCAUCUUGCAAAAUCACAUCUUUUGUGUCAUUU